GGAACACCCAGAGGGUGAGUAAAUGAUGACAGAAUUUUCAUUUUUGGGUGAACUAUCCCUUUAAUAGACACGCACGCGGCAGCCAUUGUAAGUCCACAAGACUGUAAGUGCAUAUGAAGUUUGCCAUUUGGGACAGGGCCACUGACGCUGGAAUUGUAGGUCACAUGACAAUGAAAACAUGACAAAUGUAGUAUGUCAAAAUUACAUUCAUACUACACACAUUCAUAGUAUCUAGAAUGUACUAUUUUGACAGUUGUGAAGCAAGUACUUAUUAAAUAAAAAACACUUGUAUAGCCUAAAUAAAAAUUAAGAGCAAAUUCAAUAGCCUAAGAAAAAAAUCUUAAAAGUGGAAAUGAACACUAAUAUCUAUUCAAUUUAAGCAUUAAUUGUUAAAUAACCAAUUUCCAUCAAUUUGGCAAAUCAAUUUUGAAUGUCCAAGAAAAUGCAAAAAAAAAAAAAAAAAAAAAAAUCAUGUUUCACUGUCUACGUGGAAUGUAGCAUCCCUGCAGUUUAAAGGGACAGUUCACACAAAAAUGAAAAUUCUGUCAUCAUUCAUUCACCCUCAUGUCGUUCCACACCUGUAAAAUAAGAUUUUUUUUUCCCAUUUAUUAUUAUUAUUUUUUGUAUUUUGCAGAAGAAAGAAAGUCAUACAGGUUUGGAAUGGCAUUGGUGAGUAGAAAUGAUUGUUUGUUCUGAUGCACAGAAGACUGUCAAGGCUUUGUUUGUACAGUCUGUGCCCUUGAGGUGAUGCUUCCUCAGCAUGACAAACAGUCAUCAGAGCUUAUCCACAUCCUGUUUACACCAUCACAAAAGACUAAAACCAAGAGUACAGUUCUCUAUCUUACACACACGCUAACAUACUUGGUCACCAAACCACCAAAUGAAUGGACAAAACGUAAAAGGUAAGAAUUAUUCGUUGGCCUUGUUUGAAUCACUAUUACCCCGCAGGAGUCUUUCAGCUCUAGGCAUUUCAUAGCUGUCUGACAUUUGAGAGGUGUCAAUAACCGCUGGUUCUGCUUUACUUGGCUUGAGUACUGCCCACACUAACUCAACAUAGUAGCCCACUAGAGUUGCCACUUUAUGCUUUAACGUAACUUAAAUGUUGCUGUUUAACAGUAACUUAAAUGAAUAUAAGUGACAUGCAGAUAAUAUAAUCAACAGAUUACGUAUUUUACUACAAACUACACCCGUAACGUAAACUAGCCUAUUUAAUCACACCGCAUACGUUUUGUGAGACCGAGCGCCAUCUUGUGGUAAUACAUACAAACGUUGUAAGUAAAUAAAAACAUGAUUAUUUUCAAACAAAAACAAAUAAAUAGAUGUUUUUGCUGACUGUUUUAGCCUAAACCUCAGUAUUUCAAGCGCACGUGAAAGACUCAACUGAUCAACAUAAAGUUAUAUGAGGUUAUUAAAAGAAUGCAAAAUAGAAAGGUUGAGAGAUUUUUAUAGUUUCUCGCAUCUUUUGGACACACCAACGAAGCUUGGCUGGCCGCUGCCCCUCUUCUAUGUCUUAAGUUACAUGGCUCGCUCAGCACUUUGGCUGGUGUUGCUGUACUGCACACUCCUGCAUUCCCCCAGCUACUGUAGCACUUUAACCAAAGCUGACCUAGAAGAACUGGAGAAGAUCAGCACCUGGGUCAUCAAACGCAGCUUUCCCUGCAGUACCACCUGCGGGCUUGGCAUUCGUACUCAAGAGCUCUGCCCAAUCAGGGGGACCAGGAACAUCUCCAGCACUUCCUGCAAGCUGAGGACCGUCCGCUGCCUAGACACCUGGCAGUGUGGGCUGAAGACCCAAACAGCAACUGCAGGUCAGCGUCUGGUGCUUGACUGCUUAGAGGAAGUGAUGGAAGCCAUGGGCCGCUUUGCUUUUGUGGUGUCUUGGCGCUUCGCCCGUGGAGUCAUCACCUCUGAUGACUCGUUAUUCACCCGCUAUGAAGUCCUUAGCCUGGACAAGGUGGUGCUAGACCCUCUCAGGGAAGAGGAUUCUGGGACAUACCGCUGUGACGUACUGGACACCGGCAAACGAAGAGUGAAAAGAAUGUAUAAAGGGGUGAAGGUGUUAUCUCCCAAUGAACUGAGUUUAGACUUUGCUAAAGGUCUGAUUCAUUGGGAAGACCCUGAGAGCCUGAUUUCUAACAUCACUACCAAAGGAAACAUGUAUCCCAGCAGCACUGUCCGAAACAUGGCGUUGAUAAGCGUGUCCAUAUCUGCUGUUAUGGCGGCGGUCAUCUUUCUACUCUUGUGGGGUUUAUACCAAAGAAGACCCAGAAGAACAGCUCAACUUUCCCAGGACAACAUUUGAAUAUUAAAAAGUCAAAUGAAUUCCCAGAUUUCAUUUUUUUAAUCAUAAUUUACUAAAUCACUGAUUAAUAGAUGUGUUAAGAAUAAAUUUGACCAUGUCACAAACGCGUGGGAUUGAAAAACAUGUUCAAACUACAGUGUACUAUUUAUAGAGCAGAGCUGUUAAUGAACUGUUUAUGAGGGAUUCACAUGCACAUUUGUGUACAAAGGGACAAACAAAUCACUUCAUCAACCAUGGGUCAAGGGGUCACAGGUUCCUAAUUUGGAUCCUAGUAAAUUAUCCUAAGUUCCUUAAAGGUGCAAUAGGUAAAGUAUGCCCAUAUCCUGAUAGCAAUCAGUAUGUUAAGCGGUAUGAAUGUAUUUUUAUAAAUAUUUAUCGUCUGUGGAAGGCAUGGGACCAUAAAAUGUUUGUUCAAUCAUUGCAUUCGGUCCGAAUGAAAUGAUAGCAUGUGUUCCAUCUCAGUCAACAUGUGUUUGCAUACAACUGCACAGCCUGUUCACGCAGACAUCAUACGUCACCAGCGCGUUCACGUAUGCUGUGCAGACAGAGCGAGAAUGACAGGCAAACAGCAACAACUUAACUUUAGUUUAGUAGUACUGUUACUCUAAGUUUUCUCACCGGUGAAUGACACAUGAUGUAAUCCAAUAACGUUGUCUCUGGUCGUCUCGCUUCUGGUCUGUAUGUGUUCACGUGUUUUGGAGGAGGCGUGGCUUUAGACAGCGAUUUGCAGGGAGGGUGGGAUCACAUGCUUUCAAUGCUAGCAGGCUAAAGUUAACAUUUCUCAGAUAACCUAUUGCACUUUUAACUUGUACUUACAGCAGCCCUACUUUAAGAGAAACACAUAAUACAUUACAGCACUGGUUGACUUCAAGACCCCCCCAUUGGUUAAGACAAAAAUAGAAAAUUAGCCAUGAUGAUAAAAAAAAAAAUUAUAUAUAUAAUUAUACAUGUGUAUAUGUAUAUAUGUAUAUGUGUGUAUAUAUAUAUAUAUAUAUAUAUAUAUAUAUAUGUAUGUAUGUUUUUAGUGGGGGGGGGGGUCUUUCUUUAGAAUGUUCUUAAAAUGUGUCAAUACCCCCUAGUUGAGAAUCACUGUUUUUUAC